AACAUAUAACUUAUUUGUUUGCAAACUGAUCCUGCAUGUACUGGUGUUUUUCCGCUGCAAUGUUUGUUGACCCUGGUCGCCGAACAGGAUUCUGGGAUAUGUAGGACAGAGAGUGACUCAGGAACACGUAUAUAAACUGGCUUGUCACAACCCAACGUCGAUCUAGUAAUGGACUCGGACGAGGGUUACAAUUAUGAAUACGACGAUGAAGAAGAGGAGUGCAGCGAGGACAGCGCUGAAGAGGAAGCCGAGGACGACACCUUAGAGCUCGGCGACGUGGAGCUGGUCGAUCCCGUGGUAGCCGGCGGAGAGCGAGACGAGUGCGGAGAGAACGGCGGCAGCGGCCUCGGCCCGGGACAAGACGAGGAAGACUACCGCUUUGAAGUUCUCACUGCUGAGCAGAUCCUCCAGCAUAUGGUCGAGUGCAUCAGGGAGGUCAACGAGGUCAUUCAGAAUCCUGCAACAAUCACAAGAAUACUGCUUAGUCAUUUCAACUGGGACAAGGAAAAGCUUAUGGAAAGGUACUUUGAUGGUAACCUGGAUAAGCUGUUUUCUGAGUGUCAUGUCAUAAACCCCAGUAAAAAAUCCAGGACGCGUCUCAUGAAUACACGAUCGUCGGCUCAGGAUAUGCCAUGUCAAAUCUGUUAUCUCAACUAUCCUAAUUCGUAUUUCACUGGUUUGGAAUGUGGACACAAGUUCUGCAUGCAGUGCUGGGGUGACUAUUUAACCACCAAAAUCAUUGAAGAAGGAAUGGGCCAGACCAUUUCCUGUCCUGCACAUAGUUGUGAUAUCCUGGUUGAUGACAACACAGUGAUGCGACUGAUCACAGAUUCGAAAGUGAAGUUGAAGUACCAACAUUUAAUAACCAAUAGUUUUGUAGAGUGCAAUCGACUGUUAAAAUGGUGUCCAGCUCCUGACUGCCAUCAUGUUGUUAAAGUACAGUAUCCUGAUGCCAAACCUGUUCGCUGCAAGUGUGGCCGGCAAUUCUGCUUCAACUGUGGAGAGAACUGGCAUGACCCAGUCAAGUGUAAGUGGUUGAGAAAAUGGAUUAAAAAGUGUGACGACGACAGUGAAACGUCCAAUUGGAUUGCAGCAAACACUAAGGAAUGUCCUAAAUGCCAUGUUACCAUAGAGAAGGAUGGUGGCUGUAAUCACAUGGUGUGUCGGAAUCAGAACUGCAAAGCGGAGUUCUGCUGGGUCUGCUUAGGCCCGUGGGAACCCCAUGGAUCAGCCUGGUACAAUUGCAAUCGCUAUAAUGAAGACGAUGCCAAGGCAGCUAGAGAUGCACAAGAGCGCUCCAGAGCAGCCUUGCAGAGGUACCUGUUUUACUGCAACCGCUACAUGAAUCACAUGCAGAGCCUGCGCUUUGAGCACAAGCUCUAUGCGCAGGUCAAGCAGAAGAUGGAGGAGAUGCAGCAGCAUAACAUGUCAUGGAUUGAGGUGCAGUUCCUGAAGAAGGCUGUGGAUGUGCUGUGCCAGUGCCGCUCCACGCUCAUGUUCACCUACGUCUUUGCCUUCUACCUCAAGAAGAACAACCAGUCCAUUAUUUUUGAGAACAACCAGGCAGAUUUAGAAAACGCCACAGAGGUUUUGUCUGGAUACCUAGAGCGAGACAUUUCCCAAGAUUCACUGCAGGAUAUCAAGCAGAAAGUACAAGACAAAUACAGAUACUGUGAGAGCCGACGAAGAGUUCUGCUGCAGCAUGUGCACGAAGGCUAUGAAAAAGACCUGUGGGAGUACAUCGAGGAUUGAGGCAGUGUCCUCCUACUCCUAGACUCUUGGAGAGUGCCUCCACCACCCAGAGAGCACUGAUGCAACUGAACCGGGGCAGCACAAGCCUCAAGCCGCUGCCCUAUUCUCUCCCACCCCACCUCCAUCCCACCCACCUCUUUUACUAACCCCCACACACCCCACACCCCCUCGGAGGCUUUUCGGUUUUCAUACUGAAAGUAAACUAUAUUUAAAUGAAAGGAAUAUUCAGAAAUAAAAUAAUGAAUAAUGUGUACAGCAGUAUUGUUAAUGGUAAACAAGCUUGAAAACUGAAAUUCAAGAAAAGCGAGUGGAUUGUUUUAAAAAAAAAAAAAAGAAAAAAGAAAAAGAAAAAAAAUCUUGUCCAGGCUGGUGUUGUAACACUUCUUCCCCAUCAUCUAUUACUUUUUUAUGGAUAUUUUCAGCUCUUUUCUUAUUUUCUUUUGGCCUAUGUUUGUGUGCGGGCAGUGGACUUUUUUCAUAAUGGCUUUAAUUGUCCUGAUCAUGUCCUCUUGCAUGGACAGGUCCAUGUCUGGGUUGCUGAGUGUUUGCUGAAAACAAAACAGAACAAAAAAAAAAAUCAAAUUGGUAUUUUUCAAUUUGUACAUAAUGCAUAUGCAUGGGAGUAAAAGAGCAGGAGUGGCACGUGUUUGAAUACUUUUUAAAUUUAAGGAAAUAUUUAUUCUUUUCAAAUAUCAAGGAGAAAAAAGAUGUAUAUUUGCUGUGUAGAUUAAGUAUCUCUCUCUCUCGCCCUUGUUUGUCCCUCUUCCGAAGAGUUCCGGACGUUGGAUGCUUAACCCUAAACAGGAGUCCAAAUCUCUACAUGUUUUUCACUCCGUCAAACCGGAGCAUGUUUGGAGGAGACUGAAGACUGAACUCUGCCAAAAAAGAAAAACGGGGGAAAAAAGCAGUAUGCCAAGGAGUUUAGUUUGCUGCAGGACUAAACUAGCAAAAAAAAAAGCAGCAAAGAGAGCUCACUGUCCUGAAGAUCAUGAGACAUAGAACGCAGUCGUUUUCACCACAAUUCUUGAGAGUUGGAGAGUUUUAAGACACAAUAGCUGUAGGAAUACAUGCCAGCCACAAAGAAUAAAUGAAUAUCGCACUCGACCGGGCUCUUCCUGGUUUGUGUAGUUUUCCCAAGUAAAAUGAUUCUGAACUGUGAUCUCAUUAUAAAGUGACAACUUUUGAGAGCCAAACUGAGUGACAUUCACUCAAGGUGACAUGCACACAAACACACUAUAUAUAAUGUUUGUGUGAAUGUAACUUUUUAUAUGCUCUGCACCUUUCUCUCUCUCGCUCUCUUAAAGAUUCCUGUUCUUCCCAAAAAAUAUUUUCUUUGGUGCACUUGUGGGGCAGGUUGGAAGGCAUUGAUGUGUAUGAAUGGAGCUGUUCAGUUAAUAACGUUAGUGAAAGCAAGCUGUCUGCAUUGAGCCAAUGUCAAGCACAUGUGUAUACUGAAGUGCGCAGGUCUGGUAGCCUAUCAUCUCUUCUUUUGCUGUGAAAUCUCAUGUGUUUUUAACCAUGUUUAGCUCAGGGGUCAUGUGUUUUAAAGAUUCUCAUUGUACAAGUGCUGAUCCCCCCCAAAAACAAACAAAAAAAAAUUUUUUUAACAACUUGUGCAGGUUUAUUAUUUUUUUAUUAGUACUUGACCCUGAGACGCCUUUAAACACAUGAGGACGUGUGUCACUUGGAAUGAGUUUUAUCAAGAGCUUUAGUAGUUUGGUAGCGGAGCAUUCUGUUAGCAGAUAUGGUUGCACCAACAUGUCAUGGAUGGAGUUUGGGUUAAAACGUGUUAGGUUUGAUAAUGAUAAUGACAUGCAACAAUGUUGAUUUCUUUGAGUAUGGUGUGUGUGUGUGUGUGUGUAGCUGGUGGUCAGGCGGCGUGAGGCAGGGCAUCUGAGUACACGGCCCCAGUGCAGGUGAGCUCAUGUUCAGUGAUCAGCUGGAAAUGGUCUGGACAGAAGGGGAACACAUUUACAAAAUGUUAUUAAAACUGUCUUAA